UUGCUCUGCAUUCCCCAAAGUGGUGUUUUUGCUCAAAACGGCUCUAAAUCUGGGUUCAAUCAAUGUAUUUAAUCCCGGCUUCCAGGGAUGAGGUGGCUUUUGCCCUGGAUUCUAGCAACAAGCAGCAUUUUGCAGGCCAUUGCCCAGACCUCCACCACCAUGAUCCCCACCAUCCCUGCCACGACAGAGAUCUACACGCGGACUCAGUACUGUAAGUGGCCAUGCAAAUGUCCGAAGUCCCCACCUCGGUGCUCGGUAGGUGUCAGCCUGGUCACAGACGGCUGCGACUGCUGCAAGACGUGUGCCAAGCAGCGUGGAGAAAGUUGCACUGAGGCCGACACCUGUGAUUUCCACAGGGGCUUGUACUGUGACUACAGCGGAGACAGACCUAGGUACGAAAUAGGAGUAUGUGCACAGAUUGUUGGUGCAGGAUGUGUCCUCAAUGGAGUCAGGUAUAACAAUGGGGACACAUUUCAGCCCAACUGCAAAUACAACUGUACAUGCAUUAACGGGGCUGUGGGCUGUAUUCCCAUGUGCACAAACUCACGCCCUCCCCUUGUCUGGUGCCCAAACCCAAAGCUGAUUAAGAUGGCAGGGAAGUGCUGUGAGCAGUGGGUUUGUGAUGACUCCAAGAAAAUCAGGAAGACGUCUCCACGCCACAUCUCCUCUGCAGCCUACGAGGGAGAGGAUGAAGCCUGGCAGAAGAACUGCAUCGUUCACACCUCAUCCUGGAGUCCCUGCUCAAAGACCUGUGGGCUGGGCAUCUCCACCAGGAUUUCCAACGACAACGACCAGUGCCGGCUCCUGAAGGAAAGCCGCCUGUGCAACAUGCGGCCCUGUGAGGUGGAUAUGACCAAGCACAUUAAGCCUGGAAAGAAGUGCUUGGCUGUCUACAGGGCCAACGAACCAAUGAACUACACCAUCUCAGGAUGCGUGAGCAAAAGUCCAUAUAGACCCAAAUAUUGUGGCAUCUGCACAGACAACAGGUGCUGCACACCCUACAAGUCCAAGACUAUUGAAGUGAGGUUUCAGUGCCCAGAUGGAACUGAGUUUUCCUGGAAAAUCAUGUGGAUCAAUGCUUGUUUUUGCAACCUGAACUGCAAGAACCCCAACGACAUCUUUGCCGACUUGGCUCAUUACCACGAUUACUCUGAGAUUGCUAAUUAAAUUGGCUGAAUGCUGGAAUUGCCCCAUUGCUCUGAUUUUACAGAGGUUUUAAAAUAAAAGGAGAAUCUUU